AUGUCAGUUACUUCGAAGACGCCGGAGCGGAAAUGCAACUUCAUCCAAGGGCUCAAAGAAGAGCCAACGAAACUACUCCUAAGCAGACCACUCCUCAAACUGUUCAAGGCCAAACGCGGUCCACCAGCGCCUAGAAGAUCUACGCGAGCUACGGUUGCACCCAAGCGCUUGCGGUACAACGUGGUUUUCCUGGUGCUGACGUACGUGGUGCCUGUAGCCACCAUGGCGGUCACCUACACGCGUAUGAGCGUCGUCCUGUGGGGCAGUCGCUGCAUCGGAGAGUUCACCGAGCACCAGCAGAACGCCCUAAGGAGCAAACAAAAGGUGGUGAAGAUGCUGUUCACGGUGGUUGUCCUCUUCACGGUCUCGUGGCUCCCUUACCACAUCUACUUCAUCUACGUUUUUCAUCACCCCAAGGUGGCCUACGUAGACUACAUCCAGCAUGUGUACUUGGCCAUGUACUGGCUGGCCAUGUCGCACGCGAUGUACAACCCCAUCGUCUACUACUUCAUGAACAAGAGUUUGUACAUACCCUCGCUGCAGCACGUCGCCACUUAUAAUACAGCUCUCCACGCCUACACAGACAAAUAUCAAGCAAAAAUCAACUGA